AUGACCACACUCAGCAACGGGGCCAAUGGGGCCAAUGGCCUCGCCAAUGGUGCAUCAUCUCAACGGCGCGGCAGCUUACUGGUUGCUCCCCAUACCAACGGCAAGGCUACCUAUGCUGAGAUGCGCAAGGUUGCCGACCACUUCAUCGGCGGUAACAGGUUAGAGAAUGCGCCAAAUUCUAGGGUCAAGGAAUUUGUCGCUGCCAAUGACGGUCACACCGUCAUUUCCAACGUUCUCAUCGCCAACAACGGUAUUGCUGCCGUCAAGGAGAUCCGGUCCGUUCGGAAAUGGGCGUACGAAACAUUCGGUGACGAGCGCGCCAUCCACUUCACCGUCAUGGCCACCCCAGAAGAUCUGCAGGCCAACGCAGACUACAUCAGAAUGGCAGACCACUAUGUCGAGGUCCCGGGUGGCACAAACAACCACAACUACGCCAACGUGGAGUUGAUCGUGGAUGUGGCCGAGCGGAUGAACGUCCACGCCGUGUGGGCCGGCUGGGGUCAUGCGUCCGAAAACCCAAAACUGCCAGAAUCCCUCGCUGCCUCCCCCAAGAAGAUCGUCUUCAUCGGACCUCCCGGCUCGGCCAUGCGCUCCCUCGGUGACAAGAUCUCGUCGACAAUUGUUGCACAACACGCCGAGGUGCCUUGCAUACCGUGGUCGGGAACAGGCGUUGAUGACGUCGCUAUCGACGAACAUGGCAUCGUGACUGUGUCUGACAACGUAUAUAUGAAGGGUUGCGUCCAGUCGUGGCAGGAAGGUCUGGAGAAGGCGCGGGAGAUUGGCUUCCCGGUCAUGAUCAAGGCCUCUGAGGGCGGUGGAGGCAAGGGUAUCCGGAAGGCCUUGAGCGAGGAGGGUUUCGAACAGCUCUACAAGGCCGCUGCCAGCGAGAUUCCCGGCUCGCCCAUCUUCAUCAUGAAGCUUGCCAGCAGCGCCCGCCAUCUGGAGGUCCAGCUCCUCGCUGAUCAGUACGGCAACAACAUCUCCCUCUUUGGCAGAGACUGCUCUGUGCAGAGACGCCACCAGAAGAUUAUCGAGGAGGCCCCCGUUACCAUCGCCAAGGCCGACACCUUUAGGAAGAUGGAGGAGGCUGCCGUGAGACUUGGUCGCCUUGUCGGCUACGUCUCUGCUGGUACCGUCGAGUAUCUCUACUCGCACCACGACGACAAGUUCUACUUCCUCGAGCUGAACCCUCGUCUUCAGGUCGAGCAUCCUACUACCGAAAUGGUCAGCGGUGUCAACCUGCCUGCUGCUCAACUCCAAAUUGCCAUGGGCCUCCCGCUGCAUCGCAUCCGCGACAUCCGCCUGCUGUACGGUGUGGACCCCAAGGCCGCCACGGAGAUCGAUUUUGAGUUCAAGAACGAGGGUAGUGCUGAGGCCCAGCGGAGACCGACUCCCAAGGGUCACACCACUGCAUGCCGUAUCACCUCUGAAGACCCUGGUGAGGGUUUCAAGCCGUCCAACGGUGUCAUGCACGACCUGAACUUCAGGAGUAGCUCCAACGUCUGGGGUUACUUCUCUGUUAGUACUGGCUCUGGUAUUCACAGCUUCUCGGACUCUCAGUUCGGCCACAUCUUUGCCUACGGUGAGAACCGUCAGGCAUCCCGGAAGCACAUGGUCGUCGCCCUCAAGGAGCUGAGCAUCCGUGGCGACUUCCGCACCACCGUCGAGUACCUCAUCAAGCUUCUUGAGACGGAGGCUUUCGAGGACAACACCAUCACCACCGGUUGGCUGGACGAGCUGAUCACGAACAAGCUCACCGCGGAGCGCCCGGACCCCACGCUCGCUGUCGUUUGCGGUGCUGUCACCAAGGCUCAUAUUGCGAGCGAAGAGUGCUUUGCCGAUUACAAGGCGGGUCUGAACAAGGGCCAAGUUCCCUCUAAGGAUAUUCUCAAGACGGUUUUCCCGAUCGAGUUCAUCUAUGAGGGGUUCCGCUACAAGUUCACCGUCACGCGGUCGAGUCUGGAUAGCUACCACCUCUUCAUCAACGGCUCCAAGUGCUCUGUCGGCGUCCGUGCUCUCAGUGAUGGCGGCUUGCUCAUCCUGCUCGAUGGACGUAGCCACAGUAUCUACUGGAAGGAAGAGGUUGGCGCCACCCGCGUCUCCGUCGACAGCAAGACCUGUCUACUCGAGCAAGAGAACGACCCCACCCAGCUGCGCACGCCCUCGCCUGGAAAGCUCGUUUCUUACUCGGUCGAGAACGGCGAGCAUGUCAAGGCUGGCCAGAUCUUUGCCGAGGUCGAGGUCAUGAAGAUGUACAUGCCCCUGAUCGCCCAGGAGGACGGUGUGGUCCAGCUCAUCAAGCAGCCCGGUACCACCAUCGAGGCAGGCGACAUCCUGGGUAUACUCGUCCUGGACGACCCCAGCCGCGUCAAGCAGGCUCAGCCUUUCGUUGGCCAGCUUCCCGAGUUCGGCCCUCCCAUGGUGGUCGGCGACAAGCCUUCUCAGCGCUUCGCCAAGCUCUAUGGCACUCUGCUCAACAUCCUCCAGGGUUUCGACAAUACCGUUGUCAUGACCCAGACGUUGAAGGAGCUUGUGGAGGUCCUGCGCGACCCAGAGCUGCCCUACAGCGAAUGGGCUGCUCAGUUCUCAGCCCUCCACAGUCGUAUGCCACAGAAGCUGGACGCCCAGUUCGCCCAGCUGGUCGAGCGCGCCAAGUCCCGCGGAAGCGAGUUCCCCGCCAAGCCGCUGCUCCGUGCCUUCCACAAGUUCUUGGACGACAACGUUGCGCCUAGCGACCAGGCCACUCUCAAGCUCACCCUGGAGCCCCUGACCGCCAUCCUGGACCUGUACAAUGAGGGCCAGAAGGUCCGCGAGUUCAAGGUCAUCUCCAGCCUGCUGGACAGCUAUGCUGAGGUGGAGCGCUAUUUCUCAGGCCAGAAGCUGCAGGAUGAGGAGAUUAUCCUGGCCCUCCGUGACGCCAACAAGGAGGACGUGACCAAGGUUGUCCAGACGGUUCUGUCUCACAGCCGUGUCAAUGCCAAGAACAACCUGGUCGUUGCCCUGUUGGAGGAGUACCGCCCCAACAAGCCCAACGUUGGCAACGUUGGAAAAACCCUCCGGCCCGUGCUCAGGCAGCUGGCAGAUCUCGAGUCCCGUCAGACUGCUAAGGUUUCUCUGAAGGCUCGCGAGAUCCUCAUCCAGUGCGCUCUGCCGUCGCUGGAGGAGCGCAAGGCACAGAUGGAGCACAUCCUGCGGUCGUCGGUCGUGGAGUCGAGGUAUGGUGAGGCUGGCCUGGACCACCGCAACCCCAGUCUCAGUGUCAUCAAGGAGAUUGUCGACUCCAAGUACACCGUCUUCGACGUGUUGCCACAGUUCUUCGCCCACGCUGAUCCCUGGGUGGGUCUCGCUGCCCUGGAGGUCUACGUCCGCCGCGCUUACCGAGCAUACAUCCUCCGUCAAAUUGAGUACCACGGCGAUGAGUCGGAUAACCCAGCCUUUGUGUCUUGGGACUUCCAGCUUAGGAAGAUUGGCCAGUCCGAGUUCGGCCUUCCCAUUGAGACAGCCGCACCUUCGUCUCCAGCGACGCCCAUGACGCCAAUGCAAGGGGGGGCAGACUACGGCUUCCACCGCAUCCAUUCCAUCAGCGACAUGUCCUAUCUGACUCGAAAGACUGAAGAGGAGCCUGUCCGCCGAGGUGUCAUCAUUCCUUGCAAGUAUCUCGACGAUGUCGAGGAGCUCCUGUCGAAAGCCCUGGAUACGCUGCCUCUCUUCCAGAAGAAGAACGCCGUGAUUGCGAACCUCGAAGGCAAGCGCAAGCCCCUCGGCCGUGAUUCGCAGGAGGAGCUGUCCAACGUGGUCGUCAUUGCUGUCCACGACUCUGAGAGCCGUGAUGAUGUGGACGCCCUUGCCCGCAUUCGGGACAUUAUCGAACAGUUCAAGGGUGAACUCCACACGCACGGUGUUCGCCGUCUCACCUUCAUCUGUGGUGGCCCCGAUGGCUCGAACCCCGGAUACUACACCUUCCGUGGUCCAACGUACGAGGAGGACGACAGCAUUCGACACAUGGAGCCUGCCCUUGCCUUCCAGCUGGAGCUGAACCGCCUGUCCAAGUUCAAGAUCAAGCCCGUCUUUACCGAGAACAAGAACAUCCACGUGUACGAGGCAGCCGCCAAGGAGAACGAAGCUGACAAGCGUUACUUCACACGCGCUGUCAUCCGGCCCGGCAGGCUCCGUGACGAGAUCCCUACCGCCGAGUACCUGAUCUCUGAGGCUGACCGCGUUGUCAACGAUAUCUUUGAUGCCCUCGAGAUCAUUGGCAACAACAACUCCGACUUGAACCACCUCUUCAUCAACUUCACGCCCGUCUUCCAGCUUCAGCCACGCGAGGUCGAGUACUCGCUGCAGGGCUUCCUUGACCGGUUCGGGCCCAGAGGGUGGCGCCUCCGUGUCGCCCAGGUCGAGAUCCGCAUUAUCUGCACGGAUCCGUCCACUGGCACGCCUUAUCCUCUACGUGUCAUCAUCACCAAUACUUCUGGAUUUGUUGUCCAAGUCGAGGUGUAUGCCGAGCGCAAGUCCGAGAAGGGAGAGUGGGUGUUCCACUCCCUCGGCGGCACGACCAAGAUUGGCGCCAUGCAUCUGCUGCCCGUCUCGUCGCCGUACCCGGCCAAGAACCACCUGCAGCCCAAGCGGUACAAGGCUCACCUGAUGGGAACCCAGUACGCGUACGACUUCCCCGAGCUGUUCCGUCAGGCUAUCCAGAACUCGUGGACCGAGGCUGUCAAGGUCAUGCCGGCUCUUGCCGAGAAGCAGCCUCCGACCGGCGAGUGCAUCGACUUCAGCGAGCUUGUCCUCGAUGACGCCGACAAGCUGGCUGAGGUCUCCCGCGAAGCAGGCACCAACAGCUGUGGUAUGGUCGGCUGGCUUAUCAAUGCCCGCACGCCCGAGUACCCUCGUGGCCGCAAGUUUGUGCUCGUUGCCAACGACAUCACGUACCAGAUCGGCUCCUUCGGUCCCAAGGAGGACCACUACUUCAACAAGUGUACCGAGCUGGCCCGCAAGCUUGGCAUCCCCCGCAUCUACCUGUCUGCCAACUCUGGUGCCCGCCUGGGUCUUGCGACGGAGCUCAUGCCUCACUUCAAGGUCGCCUUCAACGACCCCGAGAAGCAGGAGGCUGGCUUCAAGUACCUGUACCUCGAUGACGAGGCCAAGAAGCGUUUCGGGAGCUCCGUCAUCACCGAGGAGGUUGUCGAGGACGGUGAGAAGAGGCACAAGAUUGUCACCAUCGUCGGACAAGAAGAUGGUCUCGGUGUCGAGUGUCUGCGCGGCUCAGGUCUUAUUGCCGGUGCGACCAGCCGUGCCUACAACGACAUCUUCACCUGCACGCUCGUCACAUGCCGCUCCGUUGGUAUCGGUGCCUACCUUGUCCGCCUGGGCCAGCGUGCUGUCCAGGUGGAGGGUCAGCCUAUCAUCCUCACCGGCGCUCCUGCUCUCAACAACCUGCUGGGUCGCGAGGUCUACACGUCCAACCUGCAGCUCGGUGGCACUCAGAUCAUGUACCGCAAUGGUGUGUCUCACAUGACCGCUGAGGAUGACAUGGCUGGUAUCUCCAAGAUUGUGAAGUGGAUGUCAUUUGUGCCCGACAAGCGUAACAACCCCGUGCCCGUUGCCCCAAGCGCUGACACGUGGGACCGUGAUGUUGUCUUCACACCUGCGCCUCGUGUGCCCCAUGAUGUGCGCUGGAUGAUUGCGGGCAAGCAGGACGGCGAUGAUUUCCAGCCUGGUCUGUUCGAUAAGGACUCGUUUGUCGAGACCCUCGGCGGCUGGGCCAGGUCUGUCGUUGUCGGACGUGCUCGCCUUGGUGGUAUCCCCAUGGGUGUCAUCGCGGUCGAGACCCGGACCAUUGAGAACGUCACGCCUGCAGACCCCGCCAACCCUGACUCUAUUGAGCAGGUCAGCCAGGAGGCUGGUGGUGUGUGGUACCCCAACUCUGCUUUCAAGACGGCGCAGGCCAUCAAUGAUUUCAACUAUGGUGAGCAGCUGCCGCUCAUGAUCCUUGCCAACUGGCGUGGUUUCUCUGGUGGCCAGCGCGACAUGUACAACGAGGUGCUCAAGUACGGCUCGCUCAUCGUCGACGCCCUCGUCAAGUACGAGCAGCCUAUCUUCGUCUACAUCCCACCCUAUGGUGAGCUCCGUGGCGGUUCCUGGGUCGUCGUCGAUCCCACCAUCAACCCCACUGUCAUGGAGAUGUAUGCCGACGUGGAGGCCCGUGGUGGUGUCCUGGAGCCCGAGGGUAUCAUCGGUAUCAAGUACCGUAAGGACAAGCAGCUGGCAACCAUGGCGCGCAACGACCCCACCUAUAGCACACUCAAGAAGGCCCUGGCGACGGCGCAGUCCAGCGGGGCUCCCAAGGCCGAGAUUGAUGCUAUCGCCCAGAAGAUUGCCGAGCGCGAGGAGCUGCUCCUGCCCAUCUACUCCCAGAUCAGUCUGCAAUUUGCCGACCUGCACGACCGGGCUGGGCGCAUGAAGGCCAAGGGUGUGAUCCGCGAUCAGCUCGAGUGGCGCGAGUCCCGUCGGUACUUCUACUGGCGCGUGCGCAGACGCCUCAACGAGGAGUAUAUCCUGCGCCGCAUGGCUGCGACCGUCACGUCUGUGGCGAACAAGGACCCUGCCGCCCUGCGCACUCGUCAUCUCUCGCUGCUCAAGGCCUGGAGCGGCAUCGCCAAGUUCGACAAGUCGGACCGCGAGGUUGCUCUGUGGUACGAGGAGCACCGCCAGCAGGUCAACGAGAAGGUGGCUGCCCUGAAGGCGGAGGCGACGCGCACACACAUUGCCGAGCUGCUGGUCGACAAGAAUGCCUUUGAGGGCGUGCGUGCUGCACUGUCGAACCUUCCUGUGGCGGAGAAGGAGGCGCUUCUGAAGCAGCUUUCCUCCUAGACAGGACCGCCAAGAUAGACAAAGACAGGUAGAGGUGGGGUGUGUGUUGAUUAUCUUGUGUACGGAUUCAUUAGUUUCUUCUACUAUUCGGGGUUCAUGGACAAGAGUGUGUACGGUCAUACAAAGAUUUGUGGUAUUACUAGCAUUGUUUCGUUGUUCUCUUUCUCCCUCUUCUUCUUUCUCUCUCUUUCUUCUCUCUUUCUUCUCUCUUUUCCUUCUCGUUCUCGGUCACGGCGUUAUUCUUUUUCAUAUAGGAAAUGAGUUACAUGGGUCUCUGGUCCUGGAAAACGGGUUGGCAUCCCCCGAAGUUUUGUCUACUUUUGUGAUAAACUGGUGCAAGCGUGGCUCGGGUCGGUCCGUUCAUGUACUCCGGUUCCGUUCUUGAACCUGUUAGACGCCUCUCCAUGACAUACAAUACAUUAUACAUGUUUGUUUUAAC